ACGGUUUCAAUAAAGCUCUGCAGUUUUGAACGGGCUGUUCUGCGCUUGCGCACAGACACAGUCUAAACGCUAAGCAGAUAGCUUCUGGUUGCGUCCAGUUCAGUUGAAGUCUGACCCUUAUUGACGUUUGUAAACAGCUACCAGCCAUCAGUCGUACCGAGCGGGGUUAAACCGAACCUGGUUUGAAGGAAUAUGCCCAAAAAUAAAGGUAAGGGAGGAAAGAACCGGCGACGUGGAAAGAACGAGAAUGAGUCUGAGAAGAGAGAGCUGGUGUUCAAAGAGGACGGUCAGGAGUACGCUCAGGUGAUUAAGAUGUUGGGGAAUGGCCGCCUGGAGGCCAUGUGCUUCGACGGAACCAAGCGGCUCUGUCACAUCAGAGGAAAGCUCCGGAAAAAGGUUUGGAUAAACACGUCGGACAUCAUCCUGGUGGGCCUGAGGGAUUACCAGGAUAACAAGGCCGACGUGAUCCUGAAGUACAACGCAGACGAGGCUCGGAGUUUGAAAGCUUACGGAGAGCUUCCAGAACACGCUAAAAUCAACGAGACGGACACCUUCGGACCCGGAGACGACGACGAGAUCCAGUUCGAUGACAUCGGUGACGAUGAUGAAGAUAUCGAUGAUAUCUAAAGAGCUGCGGCUGACUGGGAGCGGCAGGAUUUUACCACAGAUGAUCCGAUUGGGAUAUUUUGAGCCGAUUCUGCAGAUCCAUCUUUUUUUUUUUUUUUUUUUCUGUUAUUAAAGAUGACCUUGUGACAGUCCAAAUCAGUUUAUUAAUGUUCUCUAUAGUUAUUCCAGUUUGCAUUUCUCUGAGAAUCAUCAGUACUUCGGUUCUGGUUCUGAAAGAAAAUGAGACACUGCGGCAGGAUGGCGGACCUUCUCCAACCUUCACGGAGGAUCUGAGGCUCGUUGCAGCUCCACAGUUCGGCUUAAAUAUCUCAAACAUUUUGAUCUUUUGUCUCUUCAUCUGAUUCCAGUUUUUCCAGAAUCUCUCCAAACACGCCGUCUUUUUAAAAUGUAUUUAUCAUAGAUUUCACACCAUGUGGGAUUUAGAAACUGAACCGGAUCUCUUGGUUCUCCAGUAAAGUGCUGAGGCGUUUUCCUGCAGGAAGGUGAUGGAUAACGCUGCAUGUUCUGAGCGUUACGUGAAGAACUGUUUGUUUUGGACUGAACCAUGGCUAAAUGAAGGCAACCCCUCGUCAAAGACUGCAUCACAUGUUGCUCUCCUGUCGUUUCCCUCAUUUGUGUUUUUCUGUUUUGAACUCGCGGUGAAACUCGGCCCGGCGGCUCGUUAGACCAGCGGUUCCCAACGUUCCCACUCCACACAGUAGGACCUCCUAUCAAAGCUAUCUUUUACACAUCUAUAAGAGUCAGAUUAUAUCUAAACAUAUAGCAGAUAUUUUUAGUUCUCUCUGGAAGCCUGCCUCUUACCGUCUUGUUUGGGAACCUCAGCUCUAUCCCACAUGGAUGUCGUUGGUCUGAAUGGAGAUGUUCUUUGAUGUUUGACGGCUGGGUUUCCAAUAAAGAUCUUGACUCCUCUG